UGCGUGUCUGCGUCAGAAUUCAGAAAAGCAGCUGAAGAAGUGAAAGCAGUGGUGGACGAUCUCCAUUCUCUAAUGGCCAGUUUGUUUUAAGCAGAGUAAAGAGCGAUUUCUCUUCCAAGCGCGAGCUGUAAGAAACAACAAUGGAUAAUGGUUCGAAGCUCUACAUGAAUAAGCCCAAGAAAUCUCAACUGAAGCAACACGCAUCUUCUCCGCAGACGCCUUCACCGCCAUCAGUUUCGCCGUCAAUGACUUCGUCAAAUCCUACGGCGGCUAAUCAUGCGCCACCUCCUCCGCCUGCAAAGGAACCUUUCCUUCGGCGUUACAGGUUCAUCUUCCCAAUGCUUUUGGCUGUCAAUCUCGCUAUUGGAGGCUACCUUUACAUGAGGACAAAAAAGAAAGACACCACAGCCAUUGAAAUUCAAGAGACACCUAUCCCUUCGGUGGUGACUGCUACUGAAUCUGCUACAAUUGCUGAUAAACUAGUUAUUCCACCUGCACUGCAGCCUGUUAGGGAACCAAUAUCUGAAAAAGAUAAGCGCGAUAUAUUGAAGUGGAUGCUGGAAGAGAAGAGGAAGCUGAAGCCAAAAGACCCUGAAGAGAAAAGACGCAUCGAUGAGGAUAAGGCCAUUCUUAAACAGUUCAUUCGAGCCAAGUCUAUCCCCAACCUCUAACUGUCAAAUAGAAACAACUCAAUUCAUUUGAUAAAGUUUGAAAGUUACCGGGUGGGAUUUGGUUUCUUCUUUUCAAUGUGUGCUUUCUGUGUGAUGUGGUUGUGCAAUAGUUUUUCAAUAUUACUUUCUAGAUUUCAAUAUUCCUUCUACCAGGAUUAUUUUGUGCGGCCAUCUGAUUAUACUUCUUCACAUACUCAUUUGUGUGUGGGUGGUUUUAGAUGGCUCCUAAGCUUAUGGGUAGCAUGAAAGGAACCCCUUUGUCCCUCUAUACCAAUCUUAA